UUGGCUGUAAAGUUUUGUGUUUUGUUUUUGUUUUGUUCAUAAAAUUUAUUUGAAGCAUCAGCAUCAACAGUUAUUUUAACGAUCUUUGUGGUUUUCUGUCUUCAUUUAUUUUGUAAAUAUGGAAAAAUACAUGAUUGUAGAGUUUGAAGACGGUAGUGUCGGUACCGUCUUAGAAGAAUGGUUAACCCCUGAUAAAAAUGAAGUUUAUUGGCCGCCAUACGAAGAGAAAUUCUCAUUUCACCGCGCACUAAGCAGGAAAGAAGCGGUAAAUCUCAGCACGUGGUCACUGUUUCCAGUAAAAAGAUGCCUAUAUAAAACAGAUAACCUUCAAAAAGCUCUUCAAAAAGAGUCCCUAGCAGAAGAAUAUUCAAAUUUAGAAUCUGCUGCAGAGGAAGAGAUUAAACGUUCUCGCAAAAGAUUUCGCCCAGUUCGUUUUUGCGACACUGAUGAGGAUGAGGAAGAGCUGGCUCGUCCUUUAAAACGGUCUGUGGAGAAAGACAUACGUCCCCGCAAAAGACUACUUACCCCCGCUCGUCUGUAUGAUAGUGAAGAUGAACUCGAUGUGCCCUCGCCCUCGAUGAAAAUAAAUUUUGAGGAAUUAAUUAACAAUAGACAAGAAAAUUUUGAAUCAACAAGCAACAUCCUUGAUACUGUUCGGAGCACAAGAUACGAUGUUGGACAAGAAAAUAUUGAAUCAACAAGUAACAUCCUUGAUACUGUUCGGACCACAAGAUAUGAUGUUGGACAACAAAAUAUUGAAUUAUCAACCAGCAACAUUCCUGAUAGUAUUCAAAACUUAAGACAUGAUAUUGCUGCUUUGAUGACUAUUUCAAUUAAAAUUAGAGAGCAAAACAGCCAGAUUCUUGGAAUUUUAAGAGAAAAAAAUGUUCAACAUCAAAUUCCGGAGAGUUUCAGCAACAAAUUGCCAGCUAAAACCAUAGAAGAAUUUAUGUCGCUGGAAGAAGACAUUGCAGAUAGUAAUAAAGCAAACUUAUUGGUUGCUUACCUGUCUUCAUUGGGUGGAGAAGGCAUUGUUACCAAAACAAACAAAAUACUAAAAGCAUUAUUAACUGAUGAUCUGGCAACACACUACAAUUUUAAAGGAAGGAAUAAGUUUGCCUUUGGUGAUUUAAAACUGAAAGGCAUAAUUGUCCAAAUAGUUAAAUCCAAAAUUAUUAAUGCCACCACAGUGGAAAUCGAACUGGCCAUAAAAAACUGGCUCAAACAUGCUCCACAACGGACCAGACUUCAGUUAAAGAAGGUUUGAAAUAUGGUAGCAUAGUGUAUAUACUUAAUGAUAGUAUAGUGUAAGUUUUGAAAUUAAUUAUUGUUUAUACU